CUCUUCUCCGCACUUCUUGUUCCCGCCGCCAGCUUCGUCCGGUCUGCAAACCAACAUCGUGUGAUGCUCUGGCCAUGGGAUCCGCGGAACGGUGCCGCUUUGCUGCAGUAGUCGACACGAGCGUGACACGAGCGUGACACGUCUAGCCACAGACUCGUUCUCCAUGGACGUCACCUCCCGGACUACCUUAGCCCGACAAGCCGCUGAGCUUCAUGGAAUGCUGCCGCUUUGAAGACGUGAGAGGGGUUGGCGCAUGCUCUGCCUAUCCGGUAAGGACCUGUCCCUAGCUCUAGGCUGUGGUACAUAUGGAUCUGGUGCUGCCUCUCGUACCUUUCUUUCUUCCUGUCCACUUGUUCAGGCCCAGUGUAGACCCAACCCGCUCAUUGCAAACCCACUGUCUUCUCUAUACGCUCUUCAUGUCUUUCCGUCUGCCAGCAAGGACGAUCUGGCAAGCUUCGCCCAAAAUUGCGAGCCUGUCCCGUGUUUCGACCCAAGUGCCACAGUGGGCGCGCAGCUACGCAACGCCAGCAGCAGGAGGGAGCAGGACAGCGAUUGUGACAGGAUCAUCACGUGGAAUCGGCAAAGCCAUUGCUCUGCGAUUGGCAAACGACGGCUACGACAUAUGUAUCAACGACGUUGCGGCGAACAAGGCUGGCUGCGAUGAAGUCGCCAGGGAGAUCGAAAGUCUCGGCCGCAAGGCCUUCGCAUUCACAGCGGACGUGUCGAACCUGAAAGAGGUGCAGGACAUGGUGCAAGCGUCUGCUUCGGAGCUAGGCCCUCUGAACACCAUGGUCGCGAACGCGGGUAUCGCACAGGUGAAGGGUCUAUUGGAGCUCUCUGAACAGGACUUCAGGAGGAUGUUUGAGGUUAAUGUCUACGGUGUGUUUAACUGUUACAAAACCGCUGCAGAGCAGAUGAUCUCACAAGGCUCCGGCGGCAAGCUCCUCGGCGCAGCAUCUAUCGUUGCCUUCAAACCUUUUGCCCUGCUCUCACACUACAGUGCUUCCAAAUGGGCUGUACGAGGCAUGACGCAAGCCUUCGCCAUGGAGAUGGCCGAGCACAAGAUCACAGUCAACACAUACGCACCUGGCAUUGUUGGCACUGCAAUGUGGGAUCUUAUCGACGAGAAGCUGGGCGAGAAGACAGGGGCGCGGAAGGGAGAUACUAUCAAGAAAUACACAAACGAGCUGAUUGCGCUGGGCAGGACAAGUGUACCUGAGGAUGUGAGCAGCACGGUAAGUUUCCUGGCGAGUAAGGACAGCGACUAUAUGACGGGGCAGACCAUCGUCAUAGAUGGUGGUAUCAUCUUUACCUGAAUCUAGUUAUACGUCAAAUGCAACGCUUCCACAUCAGCAUUUGUCCAUUUUCCAUUG